ACGGACAGGAACAGUCAGCUGGUUCCUGAGACCCUCCGCAGCACAACAAGUGAGCUGGAGCACUAAUGUCUGACAGAGGAGUUUAAGCAUGAGGAGACCGGACCGGGACUCCACGACACGGCCGCAAGUUGACGGACCUUGAAUGAAGAGUCCGCCGCCUCGUUGUCACACCUCAUGAACGGAAUAGUUGCAUUGUCCUAGCUCGCUGGCUAACGUUAGCUAUUUGUCUGGAGAGUUGCCGACAUGGCCACUGUGUCUCCGCGGCAGAAAUACCGUCGCCCGCCGGCGAAGCAGGGGCAGGACGACGACUCGGACCUGGAGGAGACCCACCCGGGGCUGCGGAGGACGGACGGACUGGAGACCCAGAUCAUCCACAGCGGACACUUCAUGGUGUCGUCGCCCCACAUCGAACACCCGCCGAAGAAAGGCUACGACUUCGACACGGUCAACAAACAGACCUGUCAGACGUAUCACUUCGGGAAGGCGAGCACGUCGCACUUCUCCAUAGACGCGUCUCUCACCAAGCUGUUCGAGUGCAUGACCCUGGCCUACAGUGGUAAGUUGGUUUCUCCCAAGUGGAAGAACUUCAAAGGUCUAAAGCUGCUGUGGAGAGACAAGAUCCGCCUCAACAACGCCAUAUGGAGAGCCUGGUAUAUGCAGUAUGUGGAGAAGAGGGAUAAUCCUGUUUGUCACUUUGUGACUCCCCUGGAUGGAAGUAUGGAACUGGAUGUCCAUCGUCCUGCAGAGGCCAAUGCCACAGAAGGGAAGUGUUGGAAAAGAAGAAUUGAAAUUGUGAUAAGAGAGUAUCACAAGUGGAGGACAUACUUCAAGAAAAGGUUGCAGAAGCACAAGGAUGAUGACCUCUCAAGCUUGCUCAAGGGGCCAGAGGAGCAGUUAUCGCUGUUUGGGGAAGUCUCUCCAGACAUGCUCCGUGUCUCCUUUUAUCAGGAUGAAGAGGCCUUUGCACGCCGCGUGCCUCGUAAGCACAUGGACACACCUGCGCCCAUGGAGAUGGACACCCUCUUUGACAUGGAUGUUCUGAUGUCUGAGUUUUCGGACACGUUGUUCUCUACGUUGGCCUCGCACCAGCCCCUAGCCUGGCCCAAUCCAAGGGAGAUCGCCCAUGCAGGGAACGCAGACAUGAUCCAACCGGGACUGAUCCCCUUACAGCCCAACCUAGACUUCAUGGACUCAUUCGAUCCACUGCAAGACUUAUUUCACAGCCUCCGUCAGCCCGUCUUCCCCUCUGUUUCCCUCACUGCAUCAUCUGUUACCCCUCUAUCCAGCAGCAGUUCUCAGUCACAGGCCCAGUUAAUGUCCUCCAUGCAGCUCGCAACCAACAACAUCUCCCCUCCUGGCCCCCUGCCCCUCCCCUCUCCCAUGGUUAGUCAAACCAGUCGACCAGGUGGUUGUGGCGGUGAUGCUACCUACGUUCAAAACUACAUGCCCCUGUUUCCUGGGCAGGUGGAGCCCAGCGAUCAAGCAGUAGUUUCUUCCGUCUCUCAGCAAUUAUCCCAUGAUCCUCUGUCACAGUGCCUACCAGGUCAGGGCAUGGCCUCAGAGCAGCCCAUGGUCCCCUCACACUUGGACAACACCUCUGUGCUGGAUGAGGCUGUGUCACCCUCUGUGAUCACACACAUAGCCUCCUCUGUUGUCACGCCCAGCGACGGAGCCUCCACCAUCAGCCACGGCUCAGAGUAUGGCUCCAUAUCCACACAACCUCCACCUCCUCCGUCCCAGCUCCAGCCGUUGGCUCCAUUGCCUGCCACUCCUGGUCAGCACCCUCAGACUUUUGCCCUGCCUCGCCCCUUUCAGUCAUCCAGUGCCAACAAAGUCCGCCCUGUGCAAAGGAUUGCUCCGGCCAACACCCUCCCCCCUCCCCACCUCGUCUUCACAGCCCCUUACUCAGGUCAUGCCAAUGCUGUAAUUGUCACACCAAGCCUGAAAGCAGAUGUGGUCCCUAAUACUGGAGUAGUCAUCGCUUCUUCUCAUCUAGGAGGGCCUCCUGGAUUUCACGUUGUGUCUCAGAUGCAGAAGUCUCCCCAACCGAUUGUUCCCAAACAAAAGUCUUGUUCUUCCACCUCCAAAAAUCAGGAAGCCUCCUCUAGUGCCGUUCACAGUCAGCCAGGACCAGGUCAAGGGACAUCAUGCGUGUUGGAUCAAGUUCCCAGUCCCCAGUCACUUAUCACCAGCAGAACAGGGCUGGUUAAGAACGAACAAAAUCAGAGCCGGAGGACAACACACAUAUCUGCUGAGCAAAAGAGACGAUCAAACAUUAACAUUGGCUUUAAAACACUCUGCAGCCUGGUUCCCACUCUGAAGAUGCAAUCAUAUAUCAGUAAUGCAGUCACAUUGCAGAAGACGGUGGAACAUGUUGGGAAGCUCCAGCAGGAGAGGCAGCAGCUGCAGGAAGAAGUCAGGAGACUACGAGAGGAGAUAGAGGAGCUUGACACGUCCAUUAGCCUUUGUCAGAAGCAGCUGCCUGAAACAGGGGUGCCAGUCAAGCGGCAUCAACUGAGCCACAUGCAGGAAAAGUUCAAUGAAUAUGUGAAGAGCCGCACUCUUCAGAACUGGAAGUUCUGGAUCUUCAGCAUCAUUAUCAAGCCUCUCUUUGAGUCAUUCAAUGAGAUGGUGUCAACUGCAAGCAGAGCAGAGCUGUAUCAGACCACAAUGCAAUGGCUGGAUCGUCACUGUUUGCUUCCGGCUCUCAGACCUAUGGUGCUGAAUACCCUUCGCCAUCUGAGCAAAACUACGUCCAUCCUCAGUGAUCCGUCCCUGUUGCCUGAAAAAGCCAUGCAGGCGGUUACAGAAAGAGAUGUGUAGCUUUCUCUCAGAGGAGGUGAGGUGAGGUGACCUAAACUCCACCUGAACUGUUUCAACAGCAGUCACCGAAGUGGCCCGUCACUACUCUGCCUUAAAGCCGCUCAGCAGCGAGGUCACCACGUCUUCCGCAGAUCCACGACUUCCCGUGAUAAAAGCGGGCCAGGUCUGAAUUACUUUUCCCGGCUCCUGGGAUUGGUUUCUGCAUUUGUUCUGUUGUACAUUGAUUCUUGGGAAUCACUCACACAGGAGCCGUGCUUUCAACAUCACUUUCAUAAACACUGUGGCUUUAAUUACAACUUCUUUCACCUACUUCAGGUGAAGAGCUUCUAAAUACUCUAACGAAAGAUGGUACUUGUGGUUUUGCUUUUUGAACAAUAGUAUAUUUUAAAAUUUGAAUUCUUUUACUAUUUGCAGACAAAGCAUUGUAUUAAAAAGGGAAAUAUUGAGUGAUUAAUUUCUUGCUCUUUCUCAGAUGUAUAGAAAGUAUGUAGAUAUGAUAUGGGAUGUAUUCUUAUAUUUAUUCAAGAGCGUGGUCUUUCACUUUGAGAGCAGGACGUACUGAUUUGACGUUCAAAUUUUGUAAUGCACUGAUGGUAACACACUCACAACGAGGGAUAGACAAUUCCAUAUGUCGACACUGCACGUGGCAUUCUAUUAGAUGGGGAAUUUGACAGACACACAUUCGACACACGAAAAAAUGCAAGUGCAGAGGAGAAAUCCGAGAGCAGACGUCUGAAGCAACAUGAGUGCGAGGAGAAGAGCUGAAGCUGACGCACAUGAAAUCUGAGUGCAACCGCACAGUUUGAGCACAAGCAGAGCAAAUCCAAGCAGGAGCAAUGCAAGCGGUGUGCAGGGUUUUGAGUAACAGCGUAAUAAAAUCUGAACCUGAAAUCAAUACGUCCUGCUCUUAAACUGAAGGCCUCGCUCUUGGGUAUAGACAAUAGGAACAGUUUGUAUUAUAGUUUUUUUUUUGGAGACUCCACACCAGAAUGUAGGGGAUCGCCUGAAACAUCACCAAGCGGAUUACUCGUGGGCUUCUCUUUACCUAAUCAAUACCAAGAGAGAUGAGAUGAUUUUCUCAGGUGAAUGUUGUGUUGCCAGUUAACAGUCGUGGAUGUCUGGUGGUUUUUCCGUCCAUGCUGAACUUCCUCCUUCAUACUUUGCUUGCUCUGCCCAUUUCGAGUGAGACAAAGCAGUCACUUUGAAAACACGGCGUUUCUACUGGGCAGGUCACAGCAUAAUGGAGCAAUAUUACUUAUAGCCCUCAUAGGGAGCAUACGUGAAAUAGCAGUACAGGCUAUAAAUAGACUAUUCGAAUGUUUAGUGUUACAAGAUCCUAUCUGAACGCACAGUAGCUGUCUUUUCUUUCCUUUGUCGGUCACUCAGGGCUUCGCUGGUGAGCGUAUUCAUUUUCCCGUUCAGCUAUCAACAAAUCAAAUCUGUUUCUUUCUCGGCAGGAAGAUGUUUUUCCGUCAGGGUACAUAUCACAUUACAUUUUUUUGGUGUGUAUAGCUACACUCAUUUCUAAUGUCUGUGUUUAUAGCGGUAACAGGAGAAAAAAGACCAGGAAAAUAUACAGCACACUUGAAAAACAAAAGCCAUAUCAAAGCAUUGUUUACCUUCUUAUUUGUCGCAUUGCUGACAUCAUGUUUGACAGAGCACUUUGCUCUGUUAAGAAUCAGACACAGAUUGAGUCAGCGUGUGUGACAUUCACCAGCCUUUAGGUCAAAGUGCCUUUUCCCUGUGAUCUCCUCAGCGCUCCUCAAGGCAGACGUAGACUUUCUGACUUUUCCUUUUCUUUUUCCGCAGAACAACUUAGUUUUCACUCGAGCUUCACCAUAGCAGAAGGCGCCACUUUUAUCAGACGAAUGUGCAGCUUUUAUUUUGUUCUGUCUUUUAUUGCGGAUUCCAGGCGUCUUAUGAUCAGGUUUUCCUUCUCAAGAACAUAAAAAUAAUUUAGCAGCCGUUGUACAGGCGGCUCGGUUUACAGUCACACCGAGGAGGCAGUCGUCACAAUUGCAAACAGUCCAUCAAAUCAUAAAAGGUUAUAUUCACCAACAAUUAUUUAUUACUACUGUAAGAAAACACAAUGCACCUCUGAAUGCAGCUAUGCUUGUCAUGUUUGAAAAUUAAAAUAUUUGUUUUUUGA